UUUGUCCCUUUAAACAUUGUUAAAUGAACUUCCCCUCUUAUAUGAAUGUGCUCACACCUGUAGACUCAACAGAAGUUUAGACAGUAAUGAUAUUGCAUGCUGAAUAUUCAUAGGUAAGAAUAAAUGUUUUUAUAAAAGCAAACAACGCAGUUGACUACCGAAAACUGUAAUAGGUGACUCUUACAAUGGUUGAUGUGUUCUUAAGUGUCACCCAACAGAAUUUGUUGCUGAUUUUGGUGAUAUGAAUAGAAAGGUUUCUCCGAUGCUUAAUCUGAUCUUCUUAACCCUCCUGGUGAUGACUGUCCCAGUCAUUCAGAGCGGGAAUGUUCUUGUCUUACCUGUAGAAGGAAGUCAUUGGGUCAACAUGAACAUCUUGAUUGAGGCUCUUCACGCCAAAGGUCACAAUAUCACAGUCAUCCGGAUGCUAGACAGCUGGUACGUCAAAGAGUUUUCGCCUCAUUACACAUCCAUUACUGUGAAUGCUCCUGGAGGGUUUGAUGAAGAAUUCGUCAAGGUGUUUGCAUCAAGACUCCUGGAAAUUAUCAGGGAAGGUUCCACAUGGGCUCGUCUGAAUUUGGAGAUAGAGAUGUGGGAAAAUGCUUUAAAAAUGUUUCAAGUAGAAAGUGAGAUGAUUGUGAACAUGUUUGAAGACCAGAAGUUAAUGCAAGCCUUACAGGAAGCCAGAUAUGAUUUGAUGCUUACAGAUCCAGUGAAGUUUGGAGGUGUAAUAUUGGGUCAUUAUCUUAAACUGCCCAUGGUCUACAAUGUCCGGUGGACGGCUUUCAGUGAGGGUCAUUUUGCCAUAGCUCCUUCACCACUUUCUUAUGUACCUUUGCCAAUGAUGGAGUUAUCAGACCGCAUGAGUUUUUUUGAAAGAGUGAAGAAUAUUGUAAUGUUCAUUAUAACUCAAACACAGAUUGCUCUCAUGAUCGCUCCACCAUAUAAUGCUCUAUGUGAACGCUUCAUUGGCCCGGCGAUAUCAUUUGAGAAUUUAAUUCAGGCUGCUGAUCUGUGGCUCCACAGGGUUGAUUUUAUUUUUGAAUAUCCAAGGCCCACUAUGCCAAACAUCGUCUACAUGGGAGGCUUUCAGUGCAAGCCAUCAAAGCCUCUUCCGCAAGAUCUUGAGGACUUUGUGCAGAGCUCUGGUGAUCAUGGUGUCAUCGUCAUGUCUCUGGGAACUCUCAUUGGUCAACUUCCUGAUGAUGUGGCAGAGGCCAUUGCUGAAGCUUUUGCUGAACUUCCACAGAAGAUCAUCUGGAGGUACAAAGGAAGAAAACCAUCUGCAUUGGGAAACAACACUUUAAUAAUGGACUGGAUACCUCAGAAUGAUCUUCUGGGUCAUCCUAAGACCAGAGCUUUUGUGGCUCAUGGUGGAACCAAUGGAGUCCAAGAAGCCAUCUACCAUGGGGUACCAAUCAUUGGAUUUGGACUCAUCUUUGACCAGCCUGAUAAUCUUUCAAAGAUGAGAGUGAAGGGUGUAGCCAAGACCGUAGACUUUGCCACAGUGAAUAAGGACUCCUUCCUAGAAACUGUCAAGGAGGUUCUUUAUAAUCCCAGUUAUCGGGAGAACAUGCAGAGACUCUCAAGACUUCACAGAGACGUUCCAGUGAAGCCUCUGGACAGCGCCAUCUUCUGGAUUGAGUUUGUCAUGAGGCACAAAGGUGCCGCUCAUUUACGCACAGAGUCGUACAAAAUGCCCUGGUACUCGUAUCACUCUGUUGAUGUCAUGUUGUUCCUGCUGUCUGCUGUGAUGCUCAUAAUGCUGAUCACAUGUGUGCUUAUCAGAUAUUUAUGCUGCAGAAUAUGUAGGAGAAAAUCCAAAAACAAACUAGAAUGAUUUUUUUUAUUUAACAAAUUUUCAAUUCGUGUUUUACUUUGUUUUAUUAAAUCAUCUUUGAUACGUAUUAUGUUGCAUUGUUUACUCACUUGGUCUUUGGUGAAUUUU